CAUUUCCAACCAAGUGCUAAAAAAGUUUGCAAGAUUUUAUAUCAGGAAAAACAGGUGCAUGAAAAUGAUCUCCGGGUACACAGCAAACGGAGACCGUCUGCAACAGCUAAAAGCCUUUGACGAGUCCAAAUCUGGUGUCAAGGGAAUCGUCGACAAAGGCAUCACAAAAAUCCCACCAAUUUUCGUUCGGCCGCCGGAAUUUUCUGGCGGCGACAAACCAAGUUCCGGCCAUCGAAUUCGAACCCAGUUCAGUGUUCCUGUUGUGGACCUCGCCGACACAGUCGGCCGGCGUGCUGACGUGGUUGCCGGAGUUCGGCGUGCCGCAGAGACUGUUGGGUUCUUCCAGGUGGUGAACCAUGGGAUACCCAAGAGAGUGUUGGAUGAGAUGUUGGCGGCGGCGAGUGGGUUCCACGAGCUGCAGAGGGAGGUGAAGUCUGAGUACUACAGUAGGGAGCUGCUGAGGAAAGUCAAGUUUGGAAGUAACUUUGAUCUGUAUCAGUCAAGGUUUGCUAAUUGGAGGGACAGUUUGCUUUGUGUCAUGGGUCCUGAGCCUCUUGAUCCUCAAGAAUUGCCUCUGAUUUGCAGAGACAUAACUAUGGAGUACUCUGAAAAUGUUCACAAAAUGGGUGUCACAUUGUUUGAAUUGCUAUCGGAGGCACUUGGGCUCAAACCUGACCACCUUAUUGAGUUGGAUUGUGCAAAGGGGCAUCUUAUUAUUAGUCACUACUAUCCACCAUGCCCUGAGCCUGAACUCACAAUGGGCACCAGCAAACACUCAGAUCCUGACUUUCUCACCAUCCUACUCCAGGACCAAAUUGGUGGCCUCCAAGUUUUGUCUGAGAACCAGUGGAUUGAUGUUCCUCCUGUGCCUGGAGCUCUUGUAGUCAACAUUGGAGAUCUCUUGCAGCUUGUGUCGAAUGACAGAUUUAAGAGCGUAGAACAUCAGGUGCUUGCAAACCAUGCAGGGCCAAGAGUAUCCAUUGCCUGCUUUUUUACUCUGCAUCUUCACCCGUCGACAAGGUUGUACGGCCCCAUAAAGGAGUUGUUGUCAGAAGAUUGUCCGCCUGUUUACAAAGAAACCUCACUGAAAGACUUCAUUGCCUACUACGAUGAGAAAGGGCUUGAUGGAAACUCUGCACUAACACAUUUCAAGUGCCAAAGGUAACAAACAAUGAAUUAGGAAACUCAUGCUAUAUUGUUCACUCUUGGAUUGAUGAGUUCAGAUUACUAGUAGUAGGCUACUUAGAUUUGGAAUAACAGUUCAAUUUGUACGAAUUGGAUACGAAUGGCCACCGUAUACGGAAUCCAUUGAAAUUAGGCACAUAAUGCAUUGAAUUUGUUGCUGUUUGCA